GUUUGUUCUCAAAAUCUCUCUCAGCUUGUGCUGCUGCACUCACGAAUCGACGAAUACAUACAUCCGGCCUUCAGUCUACGAGUCAUUCGGCCGAGCAACUGGUAGCGCACACACGGGCACCUAGAUCCGGGAUCACAUCAACCUGAGCCUCAAACAUACCUUGCUCGAAGUUUGCUUUCCCUCCGAAUCGCAUCGGACAGAAGGUAGUUCACUCACCUCCAGGCUCUGACAUGUCGCAGCACAGUAUUGCGGGCUUCGCGGCGGCGGCGCUCUCCAGCCUUACGCCCGGACAAGUCGAUUUCCUUCGGACCCUCCCAAAGGCAGAACUUCACGCCCACCUUAAUGGGUCAAUCCCGCUUCCAGUUCUGCAAGAUCUCUCGCGAGAAUAUCUCCAAGAGCACUCCUCACAAAACGAUGCACGCGCUGAGGCUGUCCGCGCUGGCAUCGAGCGACUCAGUCAAGGAGUCGUGCUAACGGAGAUCCACGAAUUCUUCGGGCUCUUCCCAGCAAUAUACACCCUGACUUCCACUCCCCAGUCGCUCGCCAAGGCUGCACGGGGCCGUCUACAAUACAUUGAAGCCGUGUUGGACGAGGUUGAGAAGUUCAGUGUAGAGCAAGCCGCUCUCAUCGUCAGCCUGGACAGGAGGAUGACUCCGGCCGUCGCUUCGGAGUGCGUGGGUUGUGCGAUCAAGCUGAGAGAUGCAGGAAGGAGAGUCGUCGGUGUAGACCUCUGCGGGGACGUCCAGGCCGGAAAUGUAGCCGAUUUCGAAGCCCACUUCAGAAAAGCGAAGGCAGCGGGACUAGGUGUAACCUUGCACAUCGCAGAGAUACCAGAAACACCAGCAGACGAGAUACAACAGCUUCUCUCCUACGAGCCCGAUCGACUGGGACAUGCAACCUUCUUGGACGAGACAUCCAAAGAGCUCGUGCGCAAUUCCAGUAGCUGCAUAGAGAUCUGCCUCUCGUCCAAUCUGCUCUGCAAAACCGUCGACAACCUCGACGUGCAUCACAUCCGAUACUACCUUCGUCACGACCAUCCCAUUGCCAUCUGCACGGACGACAUACUGCCGUUCCGGAACUCCCUCCUAGGAGAGUACGCCUUGCUCAUGGCAGCCCCGCCUCUAGGACUUGGCCUUUCCGAGAAAGAGAUUGAGAAGGUCGCGCGAAUGGGGAUGGGGUGCCGAUUUCCGGUGAAGUACCAGUAGCCGUCCGUGGAACGUAGACCACGCAGUACCGCAAGCACCGCUCACACAACACAGCAUCUCCGCGCAUUCAUCGCAUACUUGGUUUGCUAUGCACACAUACAUGUCAACGGCUCUCCGCAGGCGAGUCACAGAGAAUAAUGAGAAUGGCUGUGUAGCAGGAAUGGUCAAGCAUUGGCCAGCCUCGCAGACGCGCAAUGCUCCCACGCUGCCUUGCUCGCCCCUGCCCUAAAUCAGCGCGGUAUAUAAGCGGGCGUCGUGCUUAUUUGCAACU